AUGGAGGGUAUAAUAUCUGUGCCUAAUGCGUUUGCUUCUCCUCCAUGGGGAGGGAAGGAGACAUACCAGCUAACAGAGACUCUCCCUUAUAACAGCAGCAGCAGCAGCAGCAGCAGCAGCAGCAAUAAUAAUAACAGUAUGCAGAGAGGUCUGAUGACAGCAAGUGUAGGUACUUAUUACCAAGGAGGUGCUGCUGCUGCUGCGUAUAUGCAGCAGCAGCAGCUGCAGCACCAGCUGCAGCAGCAACAGUUGCUGCAACAGCAGCAGCAGUUGCUGCAGCAGCAGCAAGUUGCUGCUGCACUUGCAGGAGACACAGGAGGCAGCAGCACUUAUGCACCAUACAGCAGCAGUUUGUCUCCUUCUCCUGCUGCUGCAGAUAUACAUAGAUGGUCUGCUGCUGCUGCUGCUGCUGCUGCUGUCUCUCCACUGCAGCAGACACAGCAUCAUGAAGACAUUUAUGCUGCUGAAUGGAGACACCUGCAGCAGCAAAAGAUUCACCUGCAGCAGCAGCAGCAACAGCAGCAGCAGCAGCAGCAACAGCUAGAACAGAAGCUAAGAGAUAUUAACCAACUGCAGCACGAAACAUAUGAAUCAACAACUCAACAGCAGCAACUUCAUGAACUGCAGCAGCAGCAGCAGCAGCAGCAGCAGCAGCAGUAUGAACUGCAGCAGCAGCAGCAGUAUGAACUGCAGCAGCAGCAGCAGCAGCAGCAGCAGCAAUAUGUGCCUGCCUAUGGAGACUUCCCUCUGCCUGAGUUACCAAGUCUUGGUAGGGAUAUAUCCCAGCAGCACUCUCCAUCAAUGCAGCAGCAGCAGCAGCAGCAGCAGCAGCAGCAGCAGCUACAAUUCUUGGGGCUUUCGCAUGCAGCAUAUGAGGAGACACUUAUCCCCCCUUUGCUGCAGCAGCAAACAUUUGCUUCUCCUAAAGGAGACAGCAGCAGCAGUCUUACUUAUUCAGCGCUGCAGCAGCAGCAGCAGCAGCAACUGCUGCAGCAGGAGCAACUGCUGCAGCAGCAGCAACUGCAGCAGCAGCAGCAGACGGACAGCGAUGAUUUUUUGCCAAGCGAAUUUAUUCGUGAACCAGAGAUCGUAGAGAAUAUAAUAGAGGUACCUGUAGAGAAGAUAGUAGAGAAGAUAAUAGAGGUACCUGAGCAUAUGUUGCUGCCUCCUGAGCAGCAGCAGCAGCUACUACAGCAGCAGCAGCAGCAGCAGCAGCAGCAGCAGCAGCAGCAGGAGUUGCUGCUGCUGCAGCAAGAAGAAAUAAUACCUAUACCUAAAAUACAUAUUAUAGAGAAAAUUAUACACAAAAUAAAAAAUAUAAAUAUACAUAAAAUUGUAGAUGUACCUAAGAUACAUAUUAGGCAUGUGCCUGUGGAUAAGAUAGUGGAGGUGCCUGAGCUCCAUAUAAAAUACGUGAAGAUACCUCAGCCACAAGAUGUCUAUGAGGAGGUGGAGAAGCCGGUCUUCGUCACCAAGUAUGUUAAGAGAGAAGUGCCAAUCUAUAAAGAAAAAAUUGUAGAUGAAAUUGAACCUGUAGAGGUAGUGCGUGAGGUGCCCGUCCCUCGUCCUAUAUGUAUAGAGAGACAAAUAGGUGUCCCUUGUAUAGUAAGAAAAGGGACACCAUUAAUAAAAACAAAUAAAGGAUUAAUUAAUAUACAACAAUUUAUUAAGGAUAAUAAUAUUAUACAAGUUAAGCAUAAUAAGCAGCAGCAGCAGCAGCAGCAGAUAGAGCAGCAGCAACAGCAGCAGCAGCAGCAGCAGCAGCAGCAGUUUGAGCAGCAGCAGCAGCAUUGGGGAGUUCAGCAAAUGUCUUCGCCUCUGCAGCAAACACAAAAUAUAGAUUUGCUGCAGCAGCAGCAGCAGCAGCAGGAAUUUGAGCAACAGCAGCAGUUCCUGCAGCAGCAGCAGCAGUUGCUCCGGCAGCAGCAGUUGCAGCAGCAACUGCAGCAACAGCAGCAGCAACAGCAACAGCAACAGCAGCAGCAGCAACAGCAGCAGAGCUCAAGAUGGGACUAUGGAAGCAACUUCGUGCAGUCUCCUGCAACAGAAGCAGCAGAUAUGUCUGCUGCAGCAGCAGCAGCAGCAGCAACAGCAACAGCUGCUCCUCCUACGAUGUGGACACAGCAGCAGCAGCACCAACUGAGGCAGCAGCAGCAGCAGCAACAGCAGCAAGUGCUGCAGCACGUCAGCAGCUACCCUGGCAGCAUGUCACCUCGUAGCUUCGUAACUAGAGACCCAUCACUAGAUGCUGCUGCUGCUGCUGCUGCUGCUAUAUCUGCUGCUUCUUCUGCUGCUGCUUCUGUGUCUUGUCCUACUGCUGCUGCUACUGUUGCAUCUACAUGGGAGUUGCAUGCGCCCUACGAUCCCUCUGGUUGUCCCUUUGAGCUGCAGCUGCAGCAGCAGCAGCAAAUAAAGCAGCAGCAGCAGCUAAAGCAGCAGCAGCAACUAAAACAGCAACUGCAGCAGCAGCAGCAGCAAAUACACAAACAUAAUCCUUAUCCAGUCAGUCCUCGGUAG